AUGCCAACCGCGACACAGAAUAUAUUAUCCGUACAAGUACUACAACGGCACAACUAUGUAAUUUAUUUACCAUCGGAACCCAACAAAUUCGUUCCGACGGAGUGUCACAUACUCCAGAACGAUGAACUAUUACAUCGCAAUGGACAAUAUACUGUGGCUAACUUCACAGCCACCUCUCUCGAGAACUGGCACGAUAGACUAGGACACCGCUGCGACCCACGUAACACUCUGACGACGAGCAAUACUACACCUACCACACCAGCCAAGCCUUCACACGAUGACUGGAAGCUAAACCCGACUCUAGUCAAGACGCACGUUACUGAUGUCUUCGGCGAGAUAGGCAUAGACCUCUUUGCUCAGAAACAUAAUGCACAAGUUCCUGUCUACUGCAGUUUAGAGCCAGAUGCGCCACUACACGACGCAUUCAAACAAUCAUGGCAACAGCCAAACACACACCUCUACGGCAAUAUACUUUCCGUAUCAAAACAUGGCGAGAUGCACUUCUCAAGCUUGAGAAGGAAGAUGGUCUUAUCACUAAGGGGUUUCCGCUUCAACCUAACACGCGCAACUACAACCAAACGAAACUUCAGUUACACUCACAUGUGGAACUCAUCGAAACCACCGCCGACACGUUCUUACAGAAUGGCACUGAGAAUACCGGACCGCCUAAGUGGCGACGAGAGCACACUACCACCCGUCGGUACAGUCUUCCACGUUGACCUACACACGGGUUUGCCAACGUCCCCAACAGGCUACACAUGCAACAUUAAAUAUGUAGAUGCCAAUAGCGGACAGCCUUUCGUAUACCCACUCAGACAUAAUGACGAUGCCAGUGCCACAUUGGACGUCUUCUACACAGACAUAGGAAAAGACUACCUCGCGAACCUUAGGGAACUUAAAUGUGAUCGCGGUGGGAAGUUUGUCUCCAAAGAAUUCAACAGCGUCAACACACUACAGCAUGUCAAGGUGACAUGUAUCCCUACUAAUACACCUCAAUUACACGGCCUAGUCGAGCGGACCAACGAACAGCUUGUCUGA